AAUCCUGUUCUCCGGGGUUGGGGACGUCCUGGGUAUCCCCACGCCGAGUCUGGUUUCCCAGAGCAUCCCACGUGCCUAGGGUUCGCAAGUCAAUCAAGUUUUCUCGCCAGCUGGACCAGGCUUUAAAGGCGGUGGGUGCUCAGCACUCCCAUGGUGCCACGCGGCGGGCGGGUUUGGAUUUUAAAUCCCCGCAGCCAAUCAGCGGCGCGCAGGUUCUUGUAACGUUCCCAGCGCCGCGUUUGAAUUCCGGGAGGAGUGGAGCGCAGCUUAGCUGAGCUCAGCCUUGCGGCUCAGAGCCUCCGCACCAAGCCCGCCAGGUCCACCCGACAGCUGUAACAAGCAUGAAUACCGCGGCGACUGCAGGAAAGCUGGCCCGGGCCCCAGUCGACCCUGGAAAAGCCGGGGUCGCAGGGGUGCCGGCGCCCGGAGCCCCGGCUCCCGCCCCGCUGGCCUCCAAGGAGAUCCCCGAGAUCCUGGUGGAUCCGCGCAGCCGGCGGCGCUACGUGCGCGGCCGCUUUCUGGGCAAGGGCGGCUUCGCCAAGUGCUUUGAGAUUUCGGACGCAGACACCAAGGAGGUGUUCGCGGGCAAGAUCGUGCCCAAGUCUCUGCUGCUCAAGCCGCACCAGAAGGAGAAGAUGGCCAUGGAGAUUUCCAUCCACCGCAGCCUCUCCCACCAGCACGUAGUCGGCUUCCACGGCUUUUUCGAGGACAGCGACUUCGUGUUCGUCGUCUUGGAGCUAUGCCGCCGGCGGUCUCUCCUGGAGCUGCACAAGAGGAGGAAAGCGCUGACCGACCCCGAGGCCCGCUACUACCUGCGACAGAUUGUCCAGGGCUGUCAGUAUUUGCACCAGAACCGGGUCAUACACAGGGACCUCAAACUGGGCAACCUCUUCCUAAAUGAGGAUCUGGAAGUGAAAAUAGGGGAUUUUGGACUGGCAACCAAAUUGGAAUAUGAUGGGGAGCGGAAGAAGACUCUGUGUGGGACUCCCAAUUACAUAGCUCCCGAGGUGCUGAGCAAGAAGGGGCACAGUUUCGAGGUGGACGUGUGGUCCAUUGGAUGCAUCAUGUAUACCUUGCUAGUGGGCAAGCCACCUUUUGAGACAUCUUGCCUAAAAGAGACCUAUCUCCGCAUCAAGAAGAAUGAAUACAGUAUUCCCAAGCAUGUCAACCCGGUGGCCGCCUCCCUCAUCCAGAAGAUGCUGCAGACCGACCCCAGUGCCCGUCCCACCAUUCACGAACUGCUUAACGACGAGUUCUUCACUUCUGGCUACAUCCCUGCCAGGCUCCCCAUCACCUGCCUCACCAUAGCCCCACGGUUUUCAAUCGCUCCCAGCAGCCUGGACUCCAGCAGUAGGAAGCCUCUCACCAUCCUCAAUAAAGGUAUGGAGAACCCUCUGUCUGAUCGUCCCCGAGAAAAGGAGGAACCAGUGGUUCGCGAGACGAGUGAGACGGUAGAGUGCCAUCUUACUGACAUGCUACAGCAGCUGAAUUGUGUCAAUGCCUCCAAGCCCUCAGAGCGGGGGCUGGUGCGACAAGAGGAGGCUGAGGACCCUGCCUGCAUCCCCAUCUUCUGGGUCAGCAAGUGGGUGGACUAUUCAGACAAGUAUGGCCUUGGGUAUCAGCUGUGUGACAACAGCGUAGGUGUGCUCUUCAAUGACUCAACGCGCCUCAUCCUCUACAAUGAUGGUGACAGCCUGCAGUACAUAGAGCGGGACGGAACCGAGUCCUACCUCACUGUGAACUCCCACCCCAACUCCUUGAUGAAGAAGAUCACUCUCCUUAAGUACUUCCGCAAUUACAUGAGUGAACACCUGCUGAAGGCGGGCGCCAACAUCACCCCUCGAGAAGGCGAUGAGCUGGCCCGGCUGCCUUACCUGCGGACCUGGUUCCGCACACGCAGUGCCAUCAUCCUGCACCUCAGCAAUGGCACUGUCCAGAUUAACUUCUUCCAGGACCACACCAAACUCAUCUUGUGCCCGCUGAUGGCUGCUGUUACCUACAUCGAUGAAAAGAGGGACUUCCGCACAUACCGCCUGAGCCUCCUGGAGGAACAUGGCUGCUGCAAAGAGCUGGCCAGCAGGCUGCGCUAUGCCCGCACUAUGGUGGACAAGCUACUGAACACACGCUCUGCCUGCAACCGCCUCAAGGCCUCCUCCUAGGCCUCACUUCCCGACGGACUGGUGCUCCUUCACUCCACAAGCCCUGGGUCUACACUGGUGGACUCCCCGGGCUGCUGUUGCUAGGCACCCCCUGGCCCUGGGGGCUGGGCAGGGAGCUGCGCUGUCCUUGCAGGUGGGGUUGCUGUGUAAGUUAUUUUUGUACAUGUUUGGGAGUGGGCUCUACAGCCUCUUCCUUGCCCUCAACCCACUGUAUGAAUUGUACAGAUAUUUCUAUUGAAUUUGGGAUUGCCCUUUCCUUAGCUUUAUAUACAUUAAACAUAUACAGAUCCUUUUUGUUCUGA